ACGAUUAACAUACAACAACAAAAAUAUGAAGAGCUUUUUGGUAGCGUUUCUUCUCGUGCUCGUCAUCUUCUCUGCUGAUUUGGAAGUAGGAAACGCAGGGAGGAUUCCCAUGCCGCCUUUUCCCUCAGGAAAAUGGUGUGGAUAUUCAAUACCAAUGAAGCCAUGCGUCGACGAUGUUUGUGAUAAACUUUGUAUUAAACAAAACACACAUGGUUGGCGUGAUACUCAUGGCAUGUGCACUGAUAUUCCAAGCAUUAAGGAUUGUUAUUGUUCCCAUAGCUGUUAAUUUCUUCCACAUAAUCAAACCAUUGUUGAUGUUUUGACUGUUACAAACUUACAAUAUAAUAGAAACACUUCAAAGAUCGUUACCAACA